UGUAUUUGCGGUCCGAUGGCAGGACAGGGAUAUGCAGGUGUGAUAUAUCCGGGGUAAUGACGGGUAUAGUCAUUUUACACUCAUACAAGACAGUUAUUGAGACAGAUCCAUCACAUCAAUUACCUGCAAAUAUAAACGACGAAGACAUCAUAUAUGGACAGAAUAUCUCAAUCAGAACCCGACGUUUUACUGUGACUGUGAGAUUGACGUCACCAGAGAGUGUGGUGUUCCUGAAGGUGUUAAUAGACGAUAACGUAGAAUCGAAUGCCACUGCAAGAUUCAUCCAUGUACCCGCCGUCCCAGACAGGGUGACAGAUAUCUCUCAAAACGACGUCACCAACAACACAACAAAUAAAAUCAUACUGGACUUUACACCUGUGUCCAAUGACAUUAUAGGAAAGGUUCCAGACAGUUCAAUCUCCAUAGAAAUUCCAUCACAAGUUUCAGGGAUUGUCAAAUGGUUAGUCCUGGUUGCCAUAUUAGCGUUUCUCAGCAUCAUGGCAUUUGUUCUCUGGAAGUGGCAACAUCGACAAACGACCUGCAGGAAAUCAGAUGUGCCUCACAGUACUUACUACACAGGGCUUAUAUUGGAUGACGCUGUCACAUAUGGAGAACCUGUUCAUUGCAAAUUGCCUCCACAGAAUAAAUAUAUUGAAGUACUGCCAGAUCUCGGAGGGAAACUAGAGAGUGUAUAA